AUGGCACUUCUAGUUCACCCGUCGCCCUCAUCCAAUAUUAAUCAUGUCUGCUCGACACACUUGCCUACCUAUGCAACAGCAAAAACUCUUCUUCUCUGCCAAAAACAAAAACAUCAUGGGCAACUCCGAUGUUUUGCCAGUACUACUGCAGCCACUACUUCCCAUUCAGAAGUCCAGAGAAAAUCUGCCAAUUACCAACCAAGCACUUGGAGUUACGAUUUUGUGCAGUCCUUAAGGAAUGAUUAUUAUCAUGUACUGUUUGUCAUGUGUGAUCUAUAUGCAAGCAUGUCUGAGAAAUCUAAAACUAUUAGGAUCAUGAAGUACUACAAGAAAAGGAUAGCAUAUUGUAAGCUCAUACAUCUCGACAACGUCGUCUUAGCAUCUUCAAAAGGAUAUAAUAUUGAAAGAAUUGUGAAGAGUCUCCAUGCGACUGCUCUCAGCUUUAGGCUCCUCAGGCAACGUGGCAGUGACGUCUCUCAAGAUGUGUUUAACAGUUUCACAGACGAAAAAAGCAAUUUCAAGGAAUGCCUUAGAAGGGAUGUCAAAGGAAUGCUGAGUCUGUACGAAGCUUCGUAUCUGGGUUUUGAAGGAGAGGACCUCUUGGAUGAGGCCAUGGAAUUCGCAAGAGUGGGUCUCGAGGACCACCUCAAAAGCCAUGUAAGUAAAAGCGUGGCAGAGCAGAUUCAGCAUGCAUUGGAGGUUCCACUGCACCAUAGAAUGCAAAGACUGGAAGCUCGUUGGUAUAUUGAGGCAUACAGUAAGAGGGAAGACGCAAAUCCUGUUGUGCUUGAGCUUGCAAAGUUGGAUUUUAAUAUAGUCCAGUCAGUACUUCAAGGAGAACUUAAAGACAUGUCAAGGUGGUGGAACAAUAUGGGGCUGUCGAACAGCUUGAGCUUCACCAGGGAUAGGCUGAUGGAAUGCUUCUUUUGGACUGUUGGAAUUGGCUUCCAACCUCAGCUGGGCCAACUUCGUAAACAGCUGACCAAAGUUACUGCUCUUGUCACCAUCUUUGAUGACGUCUAUGACGUUUAUGGUACUUUGGAUGAACUCGUUCUUUUUACAGAUGCUGUCGAAAGAUGGGAUAUCAAAGCCGUGAGAAACCUUCCUGAGUAUAUGCAGCAAUGCUUCUUAGCUCUCUAUAACACUAUUAAUGAGAUCGUUUACGACACUCUUAAGGAGAAAGGGGAAAACAUCCUUCCAUACCUAACCAAAGCGUGGGCAGUUCUGUUCAAAGCGUUCCUCCAAGAAGCAAAGUGGAGUUCCGACAAGGAGAUGCCAACCUUCAAGGAGUACUAUCUUAACAAUGGCUGGCGAUCUGCUUCAGGGGCGAUCUUCCUCGUUCAUUCAUAUUUUAUAUUGAAUCAAACUUUCACAAAGGAGGCCCUUGAGGGCUUGGAAAAUUACCAUGACCUCUUGCGGUGGCCAUCCAUCAUUUUUCGACUCAGCAAUGAUUUGAGUACUGCUGCGGCGGAGUUAGAGAGAGGUGAAACUGCAAAUUCAAUCUAUUGUUACAUGCGAGGAACUAGUCUUUCUGAGGAACAUGCUCGUAAACACCUCAGCAACUUGGCACUAACUUGGAAAAAAUUGAACAAAGAAAGAGUAGUUAAUCGUUUGUUUGGAGAAUCGUUGGUGGAAACAGCAAUCAACCUUGCUCGGAUUGCCAAAUGCACGUACCAGUAUGGGGAUGGGCAUGGAGCACCGGACAUUAGAGCCAAAAAUCGAAUCCUGUCGUUGAUAAUAGAGCCCAUUCCAGUACUUGUUGAGAGAGAUCAAAUUCCUUGUUUACCUAAAUGA